UCCUCGUACACGGCCUCGCUCACAUCCUCAGUUGUGGAUUAUCCGACUGAGUACGGCCGUCGUUAUCAUGCAUUCCGUGCUGGAGCUUACAACUUCCCCAAUGACGAGGACGAAAUGGACCGCCUCGAUUUGGUGCACACAUUGAUGGUCAAGACCGUCGGCAACAAACUAUUCCUCGCGCCUGUCGACGGAGCAAAACUGCAUCGCGUUCUGGACGUUGGCACUGGAACUGGCAUCUGGUCCAUCGAGAUGGGAGACUUUUUCCCUAAUGCCGAGAUCAUCGGCAACGAUCUGAGCGCUAUCCAGCCGAAGUGGGUUCCGCCAAACGUCAAGUUCGAAAUUGACGACGUCGAGAGUGAGUGGGUUGGGCAAAUCAAAUACGACUUCAUCUUCAGUCGAUACCUGUCAGGGUCUCUGGCCGACUGGCCAACCUACGUCAAGAGGGUAUCUCAAAACUUGAAUCCCGGUGGUUGGGCCGAGUUCCAGGAUUGGAGUUUCAUGCUUCACAGCGACGACGGGACGCUCGAGGGAACCGCUAUCCAGCGCUGGGCCGAUACCUUCAUGGACGCAUGUAAGGUCUUCGGACGCGACGCCCAAAUCGGCCCCAAGCUCGAAGGCCUGGUUCGAGAAAACACCGACCUCAUCAACAUCCGCCACGAGCCCUUCAAGAUCCCCAGCGGCCCCUGGCCCAAGGACGCACAUCUCAGGGACCUUGGGAUGUGUAACUUGAUUCAACUACUUGAGGGGCUCGAGGGGUUCUCACUCAAGUUGCUCUGUGGAGGUCUUGCUUGGACAAAGGAAGAAGUCCUGAUCUUGUGUUCCCAGGUACGUACGGAGCUGAAGUCGGGCAAGGUCCACGCGUGGUAUCAUUACGACGUUGUGUACGGCCAGAAGCCUAAAAAGAAGGAGGAGGCGCCCUAGAAUGUUUGAUAUUACAUGUGUAGUUUGGCUUACCUCAGUCUGAAUAUCAUGUCUGUGGUAUUUACAAGUGACAACGAAAAUUUAAAAAAAAUGUGGUGUCCUCUAGGCCCAGGG